AUGGCGGUGAUGGUGAUGAUUGUGGUUGGUAGUGGAAGAGAAAGAGGAAGAGAUGAUAGAAGUUCAGAAAAGUGGGAGGUUUUGAAGUCCGGAAUGAAGGAGCAGAAGCAGAAGAUGGAGCAAGCCAGAAAGAGACGGACGGACAACAUGACGACAUUGUGUCACCUUUUACCUCCCUGUGCCUCCCUCUUCAUCCUAACAGCAGCAUGGAUAAUUAUUUGCCUUAUUCGGGAGCAUCUGGGUUUGUCGUUGUUGGUGGGGUGCCUUGGUGACUGA